GGAGUGUGUUUCGUGAAAAGACUGCACGACGAGUAGUGGAGAGGAGUGUGUUUCACGAGAAGGCUGGAGAUUCAGGGGAACAAAGGAAGCUGCGGUGGCGCUCAUGUCUUGUCCUGGUGUUUUCAGCUCGUAGGGUUUCGCUGCCUCCUCCUCCUCCUCCUCCUCCUCCUCCACUUCGGCACGGAGAGGAAACGUGCAGCUGGAACAUAGUUCGGCUGUUUGUGUUUUCAUUUUUAUUAGAGGAUCGCCAGACUCCGCAGUCGCAGAGUCAGGCUGAAGUAAGGAGCUCGAAGGAAGACUUCACAUCAAGAAGAAAAGAGGGCGAAUCGUCGGGCCGCGCGGUGUGUCUGUGUGUGUGUAUGUGUAUAUAUAUGUGUGUGUGUGUGAGUUUUCUUCAGCGUUGGGAAUCCAACAGAACAAAGACAGUGUUCGUAGGGUGCGUGAGAGAGGAGCGCAAGGCCCCAUGCCUUUCUGAGAGCGACAAUAACAGCACAAGACGCCGUCCGUCCCUCGGAGUCUUUUGUUGAGCCACAGUGUUUCGGGGAAGCGACGCGACGCGGCGCGAGCGACUCCACGACGAUGUUCCCGCAGAACCGACCGCCGGCCCCGCUCCAGCCGCCUCCUGGGUCCACGGCGUCGGCCGCGGUGGCAGCAGCUGCAGCUGCGUCUGGCGCCCCGCAGUCUCUGAAGCUCACCUACCCCGAGACCUUGGACAGAAUCAAGGAGGAGUUCCAGUUUUUGCAGACACAGUACCACAGUUUGAAGCUGGAGUGUGAGAAACUGGCCACAGAGAAGACGGAAAUCCAGAGGCAUUAUGUAAUGUACUACGAGAUGUCAUACGGCCUUAACAUUGAAAUGCACAAGCAGACGGAGAUCGCCAAGCGGCUGAACGUGAUCUGUGCCCAGCUCAUCCCCUUCCUGUCACAGGAGCACCAGCAGCAGGUGAUCCAGGCCAUGGAGCGAGCCAAGCAGGUGACUAUGGGGGAGUUGAAUGCUUCGAUAGGGCAACAGCUACAGGCCCAACACCUGUCCCAGCAUGCCGCACAGGGGCUGCCCAUGGCCCCCCACCCCUCCGGCUUGCAGCACCCAGGCCUGGCCCUGGGUGGAGGUUCUGGGCUGCUCGCCCUUUCCGGGGCCCUCGGGGCGCAGCUCGCCGCUAAGGAUGAGCGAGCCCACCUGGAGGCGGCGGCGGCAGCUGCAGCUGCAGCCGAGCACCACCGAGACCGUGAAGCAGGACCUAGUUCGCUGUCCAAUGGAGACAAAGGCCGUCCAUCAGACUACCUCAGCAAUGGGAAGAAGAGGAAAGCCGAUGAGAAGGACUUCAUGACGGAUUACGGCAGCGAUGCUGACAAGAGCGAUGACAACCUGGUCGUGGACGAGGACCCCUCGUCGCCCCGCAGUGUGCAGUCCUACUCGUCCCGAGAGAACGGGCUGGACAAGCUCCCCCCAACUCGCAAGGAGGCACCGCCCCAGGCCAGCCCCACCUCUCUGGCGUCAUCCAGCAGCGCGGCCUCUCCGUCCCGCAGCAAGGAGCCUCCUCUGAGCGAGAAGUCCAACACCCCCGGGUUGAAGCCAGGGACCCCCAUGCCCUCAGAGUCGUCCACCCCAGGCCCCAGCGCACCUCCCCAGUUCCGCCCUGUUUCUGGGAAGGCGGGAGUGGAUCCCCUUGCUCUGGGCCUGCGGAAUCCUCUGGCCGUGCAUGGAGCCUACCCCCCCGGGGCCUUCGGGCUGCCGCCACCCGGCGUCAAUGGAGAGAUGAGCGCCGCCGCCGCAGCAGCAGCGUACGGAGCGGGAUUGCACCUCGUGUCCCCUCAAAUCAACGGGGCAGCAUCGGCAGCCGGUUAUGGGCGCCCCCCUGUGGUUGGAUACGAGUCUCCUCAUCCUCACAUGAGGGUUCCGGGACUACCUGCCAGCCUGCAGGCUUCUGCCACAGGGAAACCCGCUUACUCUUUCCACGUGAGCGCAGACGGGCAGAUGCAGCCGGUCCCCUUCCCCCCCGACGCCCUGCUGGGCCCCGGCAUCCCUCGGCACGCUCGGCAGAUCCACACGCUCAACCACGGGGAAGUGGUGUGCGCCGUCACCAUCAGCACCUCCACCCGGAACGUGUACACCGGCGGCAAGGGCUGCGUCAAGGUGUGGGACAUCAGCCAGCCCGGCAGCAAGAGCCCCAUGGCACAGCUGGACUGUCUGAACAGAGAUAAUUACAUCCGGUCGUGUAAGCUCCUUCCUGAUGGGCGGACCCUGAUCGUCGGAGGGGAAGCGAGCACGCUGUCAAUCUGGGACCUAGCCACGCCCACACCCCGCAUCAAGGCGGAGCUGACGUCUUCCGCCCCCGCCUGCUACGCGCUGGCCAUCAGCCCCGACAACAAGGUCUGCUUCUCCUGCUGCAGCGACGGCAACAUCGUGGUGUGGGACCUGCAUAACCAGACCCUGGUCAGGCAGUUCCAGGGCCACACGGACGGGGCCAGUUGCAUCGACAUCUCCAACGACGGGACCAAGCUGUGGACGGGGGGGCUGGACAACACCGUGCGCUGCUGGGACCUGAGGGAGGGGCGGCAACUGCAGCAACACGACUUCACCUCCCAGAUCUUCUCUCUUGGGUACUGUCCCACCGGGGAGUGGCUCGCCGUGGGGAUGGAGAGCAGUAACGUGGAGGUGCUGCACGUCUCCAAGCCUGACAAGUACCAGCUGCACCUCCACGAGAGCUGUGUACUUUCGCUGAAGUUCGCCUACUGCGGUAAAUGGUUCGUGAGCACUGGGAAAGAUAAUCUCCUGAAUGCCUGGCGCACACCCUACGGAUCUAGCAUAUUCCAGUCGAAGGAAUCCUCCUCGGUGCUGAGCUGCGACAUCUCCCCCGAUGACCAGUUCAUCGUUACGGGCUCAGGUGACAAGAAAGCCACCGUCUAUGAAGUCAUCUACUGAGGGAAAUGCCGAUCGGAAAGCGAUAGGGGGUGAAGUCCAUGGAGCCAAUGAGCCACAUGAGGGGGGGUGUGAAAGACACCUAUAUUUUGUUGUUUUGUUAAUGUACUGGAGUGAGUCGAGGGGAGGAUUGAGUAUUGGAUCUCGAAGAGUUUGGCCUCUCUACUGCUCAGAAAUAGCUGGCAGUCUAGCUACAGAUGUCUGUGAUUCUUCCAAAGACUUUGAAGCCUUUUUUUUUUUUUUUAAACUUUAUUUUUUAAAAACUGUAGCAAGCAACGUAGCAGGAAUUUUUUUUUUUUAUUUUUUUUUUUUUAAAGCAUUUCAGUUAUUUCCAAGCAAAGUGACACUUACUUUGUGUAGUGAGCGGCAUGAGGAGUGUGUGGGUUUCUGUAAAUGACCCGUAACGUCUGUCCUCUCAUUGUCUGUGUGUGUGUAUUCACCUGAUCUUAGCAGCACUAGAGUCAAAUGGAUGGGUAGCAGUUGCUGUUUGAUGAAUCACAUUCAGUGGUUGGAUGAUGCAGCGGUAUGAAUGUGGGAAAACGUAAUGACCGAAUACAUUCCAUCUGAAGGACUGGAUAGCUUUAGGUUAAAAUUUCAGGGAGAAGUCUGUCCUUAAGGAUAGGUGUUCAGUUUUUUUCCAUUUUGGGAUCACAUUUCCAGUUGUUGCCGAAAUAAAGAAAUGCAGACGAUCAUGCUAAGAUCUGAACUGGGUUUUCCCAAGAGAAUUCAGUUACUGUAUGACCAAUAUUUUUAACCGCAUGCCGUGAUUAGAAACUGCAGAGAAGAAAAGUGUCCGAGCUGCGAAGCUUAGGUGAACACACUUUGCAAGUCCACACACACACACGAUAUCCUCUCUUUGAGCUGGCAGCCUUUGUCUUAUGGAAAGCCUGUCAUUUGAUGAAAUGUCAUAUCGUUGAAAUCCAAAUGCUAUGUUAGUGUGACCUGAACCUGGAACACUUUCGAGUGGAGGGGGUGACUGGUGGAGUGGGGUGGAGUGGAUAGAGGGUCCCCAUCGUAUAGUUUUCUUUCAGCAGGCAGUCUCUGGCCUUGCAGCAUUUGUUUCAAGUGAGCAUAUACAGGUUAUUCUCCGCACACGAUCCCUCAGGGGUUUGUCAUGUGAGCAAAGCACCACCAAAAAUCACCGACGUGUGGUUUGUUCCCAAAGGCUGACUUGUAUUUGGAUUCAGUUUUCUCUGCCUUUUACAAAUGACCAGAGACGGGGGAAAAAACCUCACGUGUGAAGUGUAACAAACUACUGGGUGGCCCCUCUCCCUUGGGAUUUCCACAGACAGGUAACGGUUCAGCCGUCAAUGUAAUAUCGUUAUGAUCCACGGUUCUCCGGGUCUUUGUCCGUUCUCGGCCUUUCUGGGUUUCUGGCAGGAGCGGCGUCCUCUCCUGGUUCACGUUGCCCGGGCUGCGGGGGGACCUUGUUUGGUUCUGUGCAUAAGGGGACUGGGGGACAGAGGGGCUGUGAAACUCUGCUGUGGGUUUAGAUGGAAGGGACACUGGGGGGAGGGUGUUGUGGGUGGGGGGUGUAGUUGUAGGUGAUGUAAUGAAACAAAUAAAGCUAUUUUGUAUGGGUUCUUGUUGUG